CGAGGAGACUGCGCGAGCACUGCAGAAGAGACGCACUGAGAACAACAGGAGCUAGGACUCGCGCUCAGACAGCAUCUCUGUUGCCUAGUGUUUAACGGAGAUGCCCGGACACAGACCGCAAGUGCAGUUUAUAGAAUAUCAGUUGAUAAAAUCUGGUUGUAUUGACGACUUGGUAUCAAUUGUGUUUUUGAUAACUAAUCAGUAGCUUGUAACAAAGUGCAGAGCUGUGAGUUGUCGCUACUUUAACCUAAAGGAUACAACAUCUUUAUUGACGAUGGUAAUACAUAAGGUCCUGCUCUAGUCGCCCCUCAUAGCCCUCCCCAUCUCUCUGAUGACCCCAUUCCCUGACCCCUGUCCCCUGUUCGUGACCCUGUACCCUGUACCCUAACCCUGUCCGUAACUCCUGACCCUGUCCCCUGUUCCUGACCCCUGUCCCAGUCAUGGCGGCCGGCAGGAGUGGUCCCGAGGAUCAGAUUGCUGGCAUGUACGAGCUGGACCGAACGCUAGGUAAAGGCCAUUUUGCUGUGGUCAAACUGGCACGACACGUCGUCACUGGCCUGCUGGUGGCCAUCAAGGUAAUCGACAAGACCAAGCUGGACGCCAUGGCGACAGGCCACCUCUUACAAGAAGUGCGCUGCAUGAAGCUGGUGCAGCACCCCAACGUGGUGCGCCUGUACGAGGUGAUUGACACGCCCUGCAGGCUGUACCUCAUCCUGGAGCUGGGCGACGGGGGGGACCUGUAUGACUACAUCCAGCGCCACGAGGGAGGCGUGGCCGAGGGCAUGGCCAGGGUAUUGUUUGCCCAGAUCGUACGCGCCGUGGCCUACUGUCACCGUCUGCACGUGGUGCACCGUGACCUCAAGCCAGAGAAUGUGGUGCUCUUCAACCAGCAGAGGGUCAAGAUCACAGACUUCGGCUUCAGCAACCUCUUCCAGCCCGGCGCCAUGCUGAGCACCAGCUGUGGAUCCCUGGCCUACUCUGCCCCCGAGAUCCUUCUGGGGGAGGCCUACGAUGCCCCAUCCGUGGACAUCUGGUCGCUGGGGGUGAUUCUAUACAUGUUGGUGUGUGGUCACCCCCCCUUCCAGGAGGCCAAUGACAGCGAGACGCUCAUCAGGAUCAUGGACUGUCGCUAUGCCAUGCCCACACACGUCUCACAACGCUGCCAAGAUCUCAUCUCCAGGAUGCUCCAGAGAGCGCCGUGCCAGCGGGCACCCCUGCAGGAGAUCGAGGGUCACCCCUGGCUGCAGGGUGUGGACCCAGCCCCCCAUGGCUCCUCCAGCCCCCUCUCCUCCCACCUCAGCUUGACCCCAGAGGAGCACCAGUCCAUCCUGCAUGCCAUGGUCAGCCGACACAUCGCUGACCAGGACACCAUCCAACAGGCAUUGGAGGCUGAUCUCUACAACCACAUCACAGCUACCUACUAUCUGCUAGGGGAGCGUAUCCUUGGAGACAAGGAAGACCGGCCACCUCAGCUGUCACAGACCCCUCUGGUACCGUCCCUGGGUCUGCAGGACAGGGGGUUCCACCAUGGGGCUGUCAGAGGGGCGCUGCCUGCUGGCUCUGCCCACAGGGGAGCGUCUGAGUCUUGGAAACUUCUCGCCGCGAGGCCCCUGCUUCAAACAGGCCGUCCAGAGAACCCUCUGUCUGAGUACACCCCUGUACCCUGUCAAGUUCUCUCUCUGCACCCAACCCCCCCCAACCCCCCUGAUCCCCCCCUCAAGAGUCUGGGAGCCCUGCGGCUGAUCUGUGAGGAAGAGGAGGAGGAGGAAGAAGAAGAAAUAGAAGAAAAGGAAGAGGCUCAAUUGCUCAGACAGGGCUUGCUGUCCAGUACAGUGCAGACAACACAGGCUGUGCCUACCUCCUCAGAUCCAGGGGGUUCUGGGGGGCCGCAGAGUCCCGCUAGACCAGCCCUUGUCCAGGAAGAGGGAGCAGGACAGCUGGGGGCUCUGGAGGGAAGCCCGAAUGAAGAGGUGGAUACUGUGGUCAUGAGGAAGGAACAGGAAGAGAUGGAGGACCAGAAGGAGCAGAAAGAAGAGUACACGAUGGAAGAAGAGGAUAGUCAGAACAGGGAAGAGGAUGAUCUACAUGAGCCAGCAGUACAGGAACAGAAAAUGAUGCGAUCUGAGCUUGUAUCCAUGUCUGACACAUCUGAGCCACUGAAGGUGAAGUCAGGCAACCAUGUUACUGCUGAUCAGCGAAUCAGUGGGGUGGACAACCAGGUUCACACAGUGGUAGACUCGCCCCCACCAUCACCCUGUCUCGAAGGGGUGGUGCAGUGUUGCCGGGGGAAACGGGAAAUGCCUAAUUGGGAUCCCAGUUCUGGCGUUCUGGAGAACAACAACAACACAGCGGCCAAGCUCAGCCAGAGCUGUUUCCUCUCCAGCAACGACUGUGUGGACCUGGGCCCAGAUGGGGUGGAGGCACGUAGGGUGGCGGUGCCCAGCACCGAGGGGGAGGAGGGAGGUAACACAGAGAAAGGGCUCCACCUGGCGAGGUCUGACUACCAAAAUGCACCUCCGGACAUGUGUGUGGCAAAAGAGGCGGGCUGUGAGGCGCCACUGAGGGUGGAACCUGGGAAAGGGAAGAAGCUAAGAGAACGGCUGCUGAAGCUCCCGUUGUGUGAGAAGGCCCUUUCCUUCAACAUCCAGCCCACCUCCAAGGAGAAGCUGCUGCCCUUUGCCCAGUACAACUGCUGUCAUGUCCUUUAGGUGUUGGGCUGGUCUGAUCUGGUCUGGUUUGGGCUGGUCUGAUCUGGUCUGGGCCGGGGUGUGCUGGCCUGCCUGCCUGGGAACUACUUUUUUAACUUGAUCAAAACUCCUGUAUUGAAAUAAGCUAUUGGAAUAGAAACAAGUGUAAAUGGUAUUGACCGCUUAAAACCACUACUGUGAAUGGUAUUGACAGGAAUUUAUGAUCUGUUACCUGGACCUCGACUCCUUUCACUGUGGAAUAGAAUUCAUAGAAUUACUGAGAGUUUUGACAUUCUCCUUCUGUCUGGCUGUGUGUGUAAGUGUGUGUGUAUGUGUGUGUGGAGAUUUGGCAGGUAUACUUUUUUCAACUCCAGCACAAGAUGCCCUGCUUACCUUGCUACCUGAACUUCAUCACAACGGACCGUGGAAAAGAGAAACAGUUCUCAAAGCUCCAUAAAGUUCAUAAAGUCUCAACAUUCUACUUGAACUUCAUUCUACUGUGACCUCACCGGCUUGGUGUUCUACCCCCUAACCGGGUUAGCCCCUCCUCUCUUAACUUAGGCUGGACUUGCUGCUCCUCCUCCGAGAAACCUAAGGGUUAGGGUUGAGCCCCACACCCACAUCUUCGGCCUUAGAUAGCAACCUGAACCAAAACACAUUUUGCAGGCAGAAUAUGUGGAAACCUGUAAUCUGACAUUACUGGUCUACUGGCCUGACAUUCCUGGAAUCCAGUGGUGUCACUGCAGGCCAAUAGUAAUAAUAAUAACGUGUCCACUUAGCAGACACUUUUAUUCAAAGCAACAUACAAGAGGGAUUUGAACUUGCUACCACUUGAUCUGCAGUAAUAUUCUCUACCACUGAGCUAUACCCAUCCCCAUGCUCUACCACUGAGCUAUACCCAUCCCCAUGCUCUACCACUGAGCUCUACCCAUCCCCAUGUUCUACCACUGAGCUAUACCCAUCCCCAUGCUCUACCACUGAGCUAUACCCAUCCCCAUGCUCUACCACUGAGCUAUACCCAUCCCCAUGCUCUACCACUGAGCUAUACCCAUCCCCAUGCUCUACCACUGAGCUAUACCCAUCCCCAUGUUCUACCACUGAGCUAUACCCAUCCCCAUGCUCUACCACUGAGCUAUUUACAUUUAGUCAUUUAGCAGACGCUCUUAUCCAGAGCGACUUAGAGUAAGUACAGGGACAUUCCCCCCGAAGCAAGUAGGGUGAAGUGCCUUGCCCAAGGACACAACGUAAUUUGACACGGCUGGGAAUCGAACUGGCAACCUUCAGAUUACUAGCCCGACUCCCUCACCACUCAGCCAUCUGACUCCAGCUAUACCCAUCCCCGUGCUCUACCACUGAGCUAUACCCAUCCCCGUGCUCUACCACUGAGCUAUACCCAUCCCCGUGUUCUACCACUGAGCUAUACCCAUCCCCGUGUUCUACCACUGAGCUAUACCCAUCCCCAUGCUCUACCACUGAGCUCUACCCAUCCCCAUGCUCUACCACUGAGCUAUACCCAUCCCCAUGCUCUACCACUGAGCUCUACCCACAUUAAUAAAAAUACUCACUCUUCCCAUGUCCAAUUUUCAACUAUAUUUAACAAACUAUAUUUUAUGUAAAUAUACACAUUUAAAGUAUAUGUAAUUAUAUAAAUAACAUAUAUAAAAUACAUGUAAUUUUUGUACAUAAUUUGUUACAUUUUAACCGUAACCCUAUGUAAAUUAUUAUUAUAUGUAAUUAUUUAAAUAUUUGAUGUGAAAAUGUUACACAUAACUGAACUCAUUGUUAUGGGUGUACUGCGAACCUAAUCCCAAACAGGACAGACUCCUAAUCCUAACCAAAGUUCACGUUUUAUCUGAAAGAGAUUGACUAUGGUAUGAUGACUAUAUGAAUAUGAUAUGAUGACUCUAUGACUGUGAUAUGAUGACUAUAUGACUAUGAUAAAUUUCAGGUCUUAUAUUUACUAUGGAUAUGCAGGUCUUCUUCAUUAUAUAAAUAUACUUUUGUAGACAAAAUCUUGAAUCCCUUUCUUUUGAAAUGCUAUUGAAGCCUUUUAUUAUAUUAGAAAACAUUGUGUUUUGACCAGCAGAGAUAGUUUGAAGCUGCAUACUUGGUUAAUAUUCUACACAUAACUAUUUAAUCCUAUAAGCAAUUAUGAUAAUGAUGAGACACAAACCUUAUGUUAUCUAUAUAGUAUAUAUUUCUCUGUGGGCAUCUCUUCAAACAAGCUGUCUCCCUGAAUGCAGAUCUUGCUAGGACCUGACUAGGGAUGUAUAGUAUCAUGUACGGUAUGACACAAA